AUGCCUACCCGUUUCACCAAGACUAGGAAGCACCGCGGUCACGUGUCCGCUGGUCACGGUCGUGUCGGCAAGCACAGGAAGUCUCCUGGUGGUCGUGGUCUCGCCGGUGGUCAGCACCACCACCGUACCAACAUGGACAAGUACCACCCUGGUUACUUCGGCAAGGUCGGUAUGCGCACCUUCCACCAGCUCAAGAACCACCACUUCCGCCCCACCAUCAACGUUGACAAGCUCAUCACCCUCCCCGAGGCCAAGGUUGAGGCUCCCGAGGGUUCGGUCCCCGUCAUUGACCUUGUCCACCUCGGCAAGUUCAAGCUCCUCGGCAAGGGUGUCGUCGCCAAGCCCUUCAUCGUCAAGACCCGCUUCAUCUCGAAGCAGGCUGAGGAGAAGAUCCGCAGCGCCGGCGGUGUUGUGAAGCUCGUUGCCUAA